GACAGUAGCGAUGAAAUGGAUGCUAAGGAAAGCACCGACGAGAGAACUGCCUCUAGAAAAAAGAAAAGCAAGAGGCACAAAGAAAACCCUGAUGAGGCUGUUGGAGAGGAUUAUCCCAUUGACAUCUGGCUGUUGCUGGCCUCCUACAUACGUCCAGAAGAUACAGUGAAGUUUUCUCUGAUUUGCAAAAAAGCCUGGACUGUCAUUUGCACUGCUGCCUUUUGGACCAGACUCUACAGAAGGCACUACACUCUGGAUGCGUACCUGCCUCUCCGUUUACGGCCAGAAUCUAUGGAAAGGCUGCACUGCCUCCGUGCGUGUGUCAUCUGUUCGUUAUACCACAUGUAUGAACCUUUUGCUUCUCGUGUCUCCAGGAAUCCGGCUGUUCCAGAGACUACCCCCAGCACUUUAAAGAAUUCCAACUGUUUGCUUUUCUGGUGCAGAAAGAUUGAAGGGAACAGACGAGAACCUAUGUGGGAAUUUAACUUCAAAUUCAAAAAACAGCCUCCCAGAUUGAAGAGUAACUGUUGCAAAGGUCUUCAGCCACCUGUUCAGUAUGAGGAUGUUCACACAAAUCCUGAUCAGGACUGCUGUCUGCUGCAAAUCACCACCCUCAACUUCAUCUUCCUGCCGGUAGUCAUGGGUCUGAUAUUUACCUUGUUCACAAUAAACGUGAGCACUGACAUGAGACAUCACAGAGUGAGGUUGGUGUUCCAGGAUUCUCCUGUCCGGAACGGCAAGAAGCCCCGACUUGACCAAGGAGUACAAGUUAUCCUGGACCCUGUGCACAGUGUACGUCUCUUGGAUUGGUGGCACCCGCAGUACCCCUUUUCUCUGAAAGCUUAGCAUGCUCCUACUGCAUCUGUGAGUAGCCAUGUCAGGCAGAAGACAAUGUCUAGGAACUGGGAAAUCCUGUUUUUAUUUCCUGAAUAAAUUCUCCAAUCUCCUUACAAAUGAGUGAAGCUGCAAUGCCAGUCUCUGUAUAUAAUUUCCAGCCAGUAAUGAGCAGAAUCGAGUGUAAAUGGAAAUGAUUUGUAAACACAUUUCUAUGUAAAGUUCACAUUUUAUGAUUUGAAAGGAGCACCAUGAAACUGUUCAUUUAAAAUCCUUUUGG